AUGAAAUUCGCUACUGCUUUGGCUUCCGCCUCAUUUAUUGGCGCUACCUUAGUUUCAGCUCUACCUCAUCCACAUGCUAAGCGUGAUGAGGACUGUUCCACUACUGUCCAUGCUCAUCACAAGCACAAGAGAGCUGUUGCUGUUGAAUAUGUUUACCAAACUAUCACCGUUAACGGUCAAGGUCAAACUAUCUCUCCAUCCACUACUGAAGCUGCUCCAACUUCAACAGAAGCUCAAACUCAGCAAACUUCUACCAGUACUUCUUCUGCUACUACCACUUUGCAACCAUCUUCCUCUGCUCAACAAUCUUCUUCGUCUGAGUCGAGUUCUUCUAGCACUUCCAGUGCCUCCUCCUCAAGUUCUUCAAGCUCUUCCAGCGGUGGUAACUCCAAUGGUGUUGAUGGUGACUUGUCAUGGUACUCUGGUCCAUCUGAGGAAUUCCAAGAUGGUGUGAUUUCUUGUGAUCAAUUCCCAUCUGGUCAAGGUGUUAUCGCCUUAGACUGGUUAGGAUUCGGUGGUUGGUCCGGUAUUGAGAACUCCGACGGCUCUACUGGUGGUAACUGUAAGGAAGGUUCUUACUGUUCUUACGCUUGUCAACCUGGUAUGUCCAAGACUCAAUACCCAGCUAAUCAACCUUCCAAUGGUGUGUCUGUUGGUGGUUUAUUGUGUAAGAACGGUAAGUUGUACCGUUCUAACCAAAACGAAAAGUACUUGUGUGAAUGGGGUGUUGACAGUGCUUACGUUGUCAGUGAAUUAGAUAAAUCCGUUGCUAUUUGUAGAACUGAUUACCCAGGUACUGAAAACAUGGUUAUUCCAACUAUUGUUAAUGCCGGUGGUAAGGAACCAUUAACUGUUGUGGACCAAGACACUUACUACCAAUGGCAAGGUAAGAAGACAUCAGCACAAUACUACGUUAACAAUGCUGGUGUUUCUAUGGAAGAUGGUUGUAUUUGGGGUACCCCAGGUUCCGGUGUUGGUAACUGGGCCCCAUUGAACUUUGGUGCAGGUGCUACCGGUGGAAUUUCGUAUUUGUCUUUGAUUCCAAACCCAAACAAUCGUGAUGCUCUAAACUUCAACGUAAAGAUUGUCGGUGCUGAUGGUGCCACUGUUAUUGGAGACUGUGUUUACGAAAAUGGUUCUUACAGCGGUGGCCAAGACGGUUGUACCGUUUCUGUUACUUCUGGUGCUGCUAACUUCGUUUUGUAUAACUAA